GCUCCGAUUGGCUGCGGCGCGCUCGGCGAGCGGGCCAGCUGCGGGCCGCCCUCCCGGGCGCUCAGCGCAGCGGGCGAGGAAGGGAGCGCGGCGAAAGCGGCUCAGGUCGGAGCGAGCCGGCGCGGUUGCCUGGAGGCGGUGGGUUACGACUUAUGGCGACCCUAUCAGUCAGCGACCAACAGCAUCUGUUGUAAACCACCCUGUUCAGCACUUGUCAUCAGCCAGAAGACAGGAAAAAGAAGAGUUUGAUUGACUGUUUUUUCUUGACGAAGGAAAAGGGGAAAUGGCGUUGAUGCUGUUGAGCCGGCAUUUAACAAGUUCGCUUCAACAGAACUCUAGGAUCCUUGCAGUUGGGCAGAAAGGAAUCAGUCAAGCGGCAGCUAAAGUCGAUGUGGAGUUUGACUAUGAUGGGCCUCUCAUGAAGACAGAAGUCCCCGGGCCAAAAUCUAGGGAAUUAAUGAAACAGUUGAAUGGAAUUCAGAACGCAGAAGCCGUGCACUUUUUCUGCAACUAUGAGGAAAGUCGGGGGAACUACCUGGUCGACGUUGAUGGGAACCGCAUGUUGGAUCUCUACUCUCAGAUCUCUUCCAUCCCAAUAGGUUACAACCAUCCAUCUCUGAUAAAACUCUUGCAGCAGCCUCAGAACCUGAGUACCUUCGUCAACAGGCCUGCCCUGGGGAUUUUGCCCCCAAAAAACUUUGCCGAAAAGCUAAAGGAGUCGCUGCUCUCGGUGGCUCCUAAAGGUCUACCUCAGGUUAUCACCAUGUCUUGUGGAUCUUGCUCGAACGAAAAUGCCUUCAAAACCAUAUUCAUGUGGUACAGGAAUAAAGAAAGAGGGCGUAACAGCAUCACCAAGGAAGAACUGGAGACAUGCAUGAUCAAUCAGCCACCAGGCUGCCCUGAAUACAGCAUCCUUUCCUUUAUGGGUGGAUUUCACGGCAGAACCAUGGGGUGCUUGGCUGCCACACAUUCCAAAGCCAUUCACAAACUGGACAUCCCCUCUUUUGACUGGCCAAUUGCUCCGUUUCCAAGGCUGAAGUACCCGCUGGAAGAGUUUGUGAAAGAAAAUGAACAGGAAGAGGCCCGCUGUCUAGAGGAGGUGGAAGAUUUGAUUGUCAAAUACAGGAAAAAGAAGAAAAUUGUUGCAGGGAUCAUUGUUGAGCCAAUUCAGUCGGAAGGCGGUGACAACCACGCUUCUGAUGACUUCUUCAGAAAGUUGAGGGACAUCUCCAGAAAGCACGGCUGCGGUUUCCUGGUGGAUGAAGUGCAGACAGGAGGCGGGUGCACUGGCAAGUUCUGGGCCCACGAACACUGGGGCCUCGACGACGCGGCCGACGUGCUGACUUUCAGCAAGAAAAUGAUGACGGGCGGGUUUUUCCACAAGGAGGAAUUCCGGGCCAACGCUCCAUAUCGGAUUUUCAACACGUGGCUGGGGGACCCCUCCAAGAACCUCCUGCUCGCAGAAGUCAUUAACGUAAUAAAAAGAGAGGACCUUCUGAACAAUGCAGUUCAUUCAGGGAAGGCGCUGUUGACAGGACUGCUGGAUUUACAGAGCCGCUACCCACAUCUGAUCAGCAGGACGCGAGGGCGAGGGACCUUCUGUUCAUUUGACACUCCAAACGACGCUAUCAGGAACAAGCUCAUUGCAUUGGCCAGAAACAAAGGUGUGGUGUUGGGAGGCAGCGGCGACCGAUCGAUCCGUUUCCGGCCUACACUGGUCUUCCGUGACCACCAUGCACAUCUCUUCUUGAACAUCUUCAGCGAUAUCUUGGCAGACUUCAAGUAGCCGAUUCUUCCCUUGCACUGAGAGAGCCCAAAUCCUCUAAGAGUCUGAGAAUAGUUUAUUUAAGAUCAUAUAUAUAUAUAUAUAUAUAUAUAUAUAUAUAUUCAUUAAUAGGAAAAACUGAAUUCAUAAAGUUUUUUUAAUGUUUGUUUUA